AUGGAAGAGAACGAAGAGAAAUACAACAAGACUGUGAGUGAUAUGCCUUGGUUAUUUUAUGAUUUUAAAGAAUUUGUAAAAUAUUAGGAGUAUUAUGAAUAUAAAAAACAUAUACACUUAUAACUAAUAUAUAGGCAUACCAUGUUCACUUAUUUGAAGCCUAAUAAUGUGUAAUUGAUCACAAAUCAAGAGAGAGGGACAGUCGAAAAAGAAGGCUAAAGGGCUUUUGAUAAAUAGUUAACUCAGAUGAGCUUAAAAUGA